CCUCGGCGGCGUCGGCUCUUCCCCGCCACUGGCGCCGGUUCAAGGCCGCGGCGAGGGGCGGCGGCAAAGCGUUGCUGGGGUCUCUCCUGUGGAAAGGACGCUGGAGCGGCGGCGUUCGCUGGGGAAGGAAGCAGUUAUGAGUGCUGACCAAGUUUCAUGCUUGUUAAGCCAAGGAACAACAAAAACAUAUCAAAUUCCUAUUGAGCAUCUGGACUACAAAUUCAUUGAAACAUGCAAAGAUGUUAAGCAUUUGGAAAAGAUUCUUAAGAUAUUAAGGUCUGGUGAAGAAGGCUUCUAUCCUGAUCUUGUAUUAUUUUGUGAAAAACGCAUUGAGUCUUUGGCUCCAAACAGCAGAGCUCUGCGAAGAGAUAAACCUGCAGCCACUGCUUCUGAUUUUACUACUGAGGAAUGGAAAGAAAUAGAGAAUGAAAUGAAGAGCUGGAUUACCAGAAUGAAAGAAGAUGAGUAUAAAAUGCAGUAUGCUACAACAGAAGUUUUCAAGGAGAAAGUGGAAAAUUUGCCACCAGUUCGUAGUUCAGAUAGCUCUCUUCCUUCUAGACAGAGCAAAGCUUCAAGAAAUGGUGUAAUAAAGAAUAAAAAUAUACCAAGGGACUAUAGAGAGUGGGAUAAGUUUGAUGUGGAAAAAGAAUGUUCCAAAAUUGAUGGUUAUGAGGAAAAUAAGAGUAAAUCCAGUUUUAGAACUACUAACAAAGGGUUACCAAAAUCUGAUAUAGACACAACAGGUUUGACUACAAAGGAAAAAAUCUUCAUUGCUAAUCGUGAAAAAGAAAAAGGAAAUGAAGCAUUUGUUACAGGAGACUACAAAGAAGCAGUUAUCUACUAUACUCGGAGCAUAUCUGCAUUUCCCACUGUGGCUGCAUACAAUAAUAAAGCUCAGGCAGAAAUAAAACUUCAGAAUUGGCAUGUUGCUCGUCAGGAUUGUGAGACAGUGUUAAAAAUGGACCCUGAAAACAUAAAAGCUUUUAUGCGCCGUGCCACUGUUUACACUAAUCUACAUAAUUUCAAAGCAGCUGCAGAAGAUUUGAAGAAAGUGUUACAUAUUGAGCCAGAAAAUGCUAUUGCUAAGAAAAACUUGUUGGAUAUUGAGAAGAAUCUGAAAGAGUCCGAACCUAUUUCUCAAACUAAUAGCAAGGGGAAAAAAAUACUUAUUCAAGAUAUAGAAGACUCGGAUGGUGACGAAGAACUAGGAGGGAAUGAAGCAGAAUGUGAAAAUGACAGUGGAGAUAAAAAAACUGCUGUGCUAGUGGGAGGAGAGAUCACAACUGAGAAGACAGAAAUGGGGAAUGCACAAAAGAAGUUUCCCAGCAAAGGAGAUGGCUGUAAAUGGGAAAACAAGGAAACACAGAAGCCCAGGGACCCUUUGGAGAAUAGUGUUAAAAAAGGCACACCUGAAAAAAAGACAGCCAAGGUUUUACAGGAUUCUGAAAAUGAAGUAAAUGGCUAUCUGAGCAGUGACAAAAAUAAUAGCGAAAACAAGGAAGUAAUACAGAAAAAUGCAGAAUCUUCAGCAGCUGGAAAAAACAGUUCUACUUUGCUCCCUUCCACUGCAGCAACACUGAAAGCUGAAGGAAAUGAAUUAUUUAAAAAUGGACAAUUUGGAGAGGCCGUCCUCAGAUACUCAGAAGCAAUUGAAAAUGUAAUUAGUUCUGGAAUCCAAAGUCCAGAGGAUCUAAGUAUUUUGUAUUCAAACAGAGCAGCAUGUUACCUAAAAGAAGGAAACUGUGCUGACUGCAUUCAAGACUGUAACAGUGCACUAGAACUUCAUCCAUAUUCUCUGAAACCUCUUCUGCGUCGAGCAAUGGCCUAUGAGUCUAUGGAACGAUAUCGGCAGGCAUAUGUUGAUUAUAAAACAGUACUACAAAUAGACAGUGGAAUCCAGGUAGCAAAUGACAGUGUUAACAGGAUAACAAGAACUUUAAUAGAUGAGGAUGGCCCAAACUGGAGGGAGAAGCUGUCCCCAAUUCCUGUUGUUCCGGUUUCUGCUCAGUUACAUUGGUGGGAUGGAGGAAGUGUUACUGCAGAUCCAAAGCUGAAGAAAAAUGCAGCCAGGCAUGGAGAUCAACAGUCACAUUUUCCUAGGAAAAUAGAUGAAAACCCAGAAGAAAUGUUCAAGUCACUUAAGAAUAAAGGAAAUGAAUUUGUGAAAAAGGGUAACUAUGAAGAAGCAUUGAUAAAGUACAAUGAAUGCAUCAAGUUAAAUUCCCAGGAACAGACUAUCUACACUAACAGGGCCCUUUGUUACUUGAAGCUGUUUCAAUAUGAAGAAGCCAAAAAGGAUUGUGAUCAUGUUCUUCAGAUUGAUGACUCAAACAUAAAAGCUUUAUACAGAAGAGCUCUAGCAUACAAAGGAUUACAGAACUACAAAGCCAGUAUUGAUGAUUUGAAGAAAGUUCUUCUAAUAGAUUCAAGUAUUGAUGAAGCAAAGAAGGAGCUGCAGGAAACAACACAGUUGCUAAAACUGAAAAAUGAGCAUACAGUCAAUGGGCAACAAAAGGAAAGGAAAAAAAUUGAAAUCCAAGAGGUGAAUGAGGAAGAGGAAGCUACAGAGACCUGUGCUUCAGAGAAGUUUACGUCAAAUCACGACAGCGCUAAAGGAGAGCCUGACGCAGUGCCAAUGAAUAGUUCAGAAAAACUCAUUAUUUCAAAGCCAUCUAAUGCCUAUGAAUUUGGUCAGAUUAUAAAUGUUGUGAAUGCCAAUAAGGACAUCACUGCUUGUGCAGAGCUCUUAACAGCGAUUGAGCCAAAAGAUUUACCAGCCCUUUUAAGCAACAAACUAGAAGGAGACAUUUUCCUGCUCUUUAUCCAAGCCCUGCAGUCGGAUGUAUUUUGCCAAGACCCUGGACUGGUGUACCAGCAUCUUGUCCACCUGAGUAGAGCAGAAAGGUUUAAGAUGGUGCUAACACUACUUAGUAAGAAUGAAGUAGAACAGGUUCAACAACUGUUUGAUUCUCUUUCCAAAGAGCAAAACCAACAAUUUUCUUUAGAUGAUCUGAAGAGCCUUAAGAGAGACUUUGAACUUUAAACAACUUCAUUUUGGAACUGCCUCUAGCAUGCCUUCCCUUAAUGCUUGUAGGAUGGGCAUAUAAACUAUGCAGACUUGCAUGAGGUAGCGUCAGUCUUUUAUCUGGACUGUUCAAUAUGCUGUACAUUUUUUACAGUGCUUGCACACUGAAAAACUGCUCUUCCGACUUGUAUAUAUUUUAUCCUACAGAGUACACACGCAUGGCUUUAUAAGUAAUGGGCCUGUUCACUCACCAUUUUGUUCCUGCAAUUAUACAAUGAGAUUGGGAGCACAGGACUCAGGCUUGCACAUUCUCUUCAGAGGGGAGAGAACACAUGAACCAGUGAGGACAUGGUUCUCUGGGACAAAUCAACAGUUUCUAAAAUGUGGGUCCCAUAUAUAACAGUAUAUUUAUUUAAUAAUUAGAAUGUAUUCAAUGACAUCAAGCUGUAUUAACGGGGCAGAAUAUAGCCACCUAUGUUGUAUUCCCUUUCUUGUAAUACAGGAGAGUCUUCUAAAGAUGCUACUGUUUCAGAAAUGUCUUUGGACAUGUAGCAGAACAUCGUGUCCCAUUGACUGAAUGGAAAUUCUGCAUCAUUAUCUUUCAGUGGGGCUUAUGCCAAAAAAAAAAAAAAACAAUCCUAGUGCAUUUGUUCCUAUAGCCUUCAUUUUCUUCCUGCUAGUCACAUCUAACUGCAGUGCAGCUGAAACCUACCUUUUUUUUUGCAUCAGUCGCCGAUGCACUUGGACAAACACUUGCAUCUAGCUCCAAUUCUGUGUGGCUUCAAAGGAAAACACUGGCACACUUCUUAAAAUUCAAUGAUAACUUAAAUAUAUGCAGUAAAAUGCUUUAUGGCACUGAAUGUGUAAAGUUACACCUGCACUUUGGUCGUCUUCUACGUAUGCAAAAAUCAUUUUAUAUGGCUUGUGGACUACUGGUGAACAGCAAAACUGGAGCAGGAUAGACUAUGUUGUUAAAUGUUUUAAAGUAAUAGAACAGUUAUAUUUUUAAACCAGAGACUCGUAAUUUAUUGUUAGUGCGCAUAUCCAAUUUUAUUAUGAGAGGGACUGCUCAGGUACUUGCACUAUUUUGAAGGUGAUGUUAGUCAGUGACUUUCCCCAUUAUUAAAUAACCUAUGUAUGACAUUUCUGUUACCUUAAGACUUUACCCGGUUGAAAGCUGUUUCCUUGAAGAACCCUUACAAGAAAAUAUUUAAAAAUAAAUAUAUUUGGCAUA